AUGAUUUUGCGCAGAUCAGUCGCCGAGUUACUUGGGUCCAACUAUGCCGACCACGUACAUCGGUACACCGACGGCUCCCGAUCGAUAAACGGAGUAGGUAUUGGGAUUUUUGGAGACGGUAUUGCUGAAAGCAGCAGUCUUCCUCCACAAUGCUUGGUUUUCUCGGCCGAGGCUGCAGCGAUCUUCCGUGCCGGUACGACGCCAGCCAACAAACCGAUACUUAUAUUAACCGACUCACACAGCGUCGUUCAAGCGAUCACCUCGGAAGCAGCAAAACACCCAUGGAUCCAGGCGAUUAUCAAGUAUGCCCCACCAAACACCGUGUACACAUGGAUUCCCGGACACUGCGGAGUACCAGGUAACGAGUCUGCUGAUCACCUUGCCGGAGCCGGGACAUCGGGUCCCAGACUCACCAACAAGGUACCCCUACAGGACGUCAGACGGUGGAUCAUGCGGACCAUUCGAGCGGCAUGGGAAGCUGAGUGGUUCCGCAACAGAACUGCCUUCAUCCGCAAAGUAAAAGGUUCAACUGAACCAUGGAGCGAACUGGACAACCUGAGGGAUCAACGCGUGAUUUCGUGGCUUCGAACCGGGCACAUAAAACUCUACUAUAACUAUGGUGGCCUGCCGUUCCACAGAAGCUGCAUCAUCUGUGGGACACCGGUUAACGUCUUUGUGCGUCUCCGGAAGGACACCGUAGUCGAUAGUGGAGUCGACAGUGGAGUCGACACAGUGAUGGAACUGAUCCCAUCUGACGCGAUGGUAGUUGCGUCGGAAAGCUUAGAAUCGGUUGACGGAUGA